UACCAUUUGAGACACAACUCCUCCAGCGAGGUCAUACAAUAUUUGCAAUUUACAAUUCAAGUCUGCUUAUUUGGUCGCCUUAAUUAAAGUAAUCAGAUUGGGUGGAAGACGGCUCGUGCUUUUGGUUUUAGUGUUCUUUAGUCCAGAGGAUGGUUUUAUUUAGUGCAUAUCAGGAACAGAUCUGCUGAAAUUGAGAAAAUAAUAAAUCUUUCAUCUUUGGAUGUGUUUGCUUGACUGGUGGGACAUUUGUAAUUGGGUUAAAAGGCUCUAAGACAUCUGGCAUAUGUCUGGUAAACUAAAAGGACUUCUGGAAGCAGCUGAAAGAAGACCGAGAUCAGCUAGUACAGUAGCCCCUGGUAUCACAGUGGACUGAAAAUUUCCAUGAUCUCCAAUUCCCUGAUGUUUAGCUAAUAACAUCCUGAUGAUCAUGUGCUUGAGUAUGCAUUAAAAGUCUUGCUGUUGCUGACUGAAGAAAAGUAAAACCUGCUCGGCUGGUACAUACUCAUAUAAAGUUUGUGAAACCCAUUGUGAGUCACGUUUACCAUGGAACCAAUCCUUGACAUCUCAUCCCUUCCUCACCCAACCCCCACAGUGACAUAUGACCCUGAGUCUGAAACUGUGACUUUCCCGAGUGGGGUGGUCUCUGUUGCAGGUGUCACAGUGAUAACGGGUGGCACUGAGUUGUCCUGCGGCUCCUGCAUGCUGGCGUUUGGGUUUUGGGGCACUUUGGUCGGCCUGAGUGCACUGUGUGUGGGACUGAGGGAGUACUUAAUGCUAAAUGAGGGCAAUAUUUCAAACCUGCUGGCUUUGGGUUUGACUACCCUAAUAAUAAGUCUAGGCAUUAUCUUUGGAGUGAUUGGGUUUCGUUUCAUCAAGAAGAAGACAAGAGUGCUGAGAAGAGAGAGAGAAGAAGGAAAAGUUGUGCUGGUUGGUGAGGGAAAGAGGAGCAUCAAAAAAACAAUAACCGUCUAAAAAUAAAGAAAGCAAAGGCUAUCAGCAUUGUUCAACAACUGAUGUCAUGUUUCGGGUGGACAAUACAUUUGUAUACUACAAAUAACUGUAUAUUGAUAAAUUGACUUAACUGUGAUCCUAAUUUAAGACUCUUCUAAUUCAAGGGGGUAUAUAUUUUAUCAUAAUAUGCUGUAUUUCAGAUUAUGCUACAUGGUAAUUAGGUAUUAAUAGAACUGAUAUUUUGAUAGACUUCAGACUUUCACUGAUCAUUUGACCUACAAUAUAUUGCUUGGUUGUAAAUAAAAAACUUUUACCACAAUGA